CCAACCAUUCCACUUAUGGGUAUUUAUCCAAGGAAAAUGAAAACACUAAUUUGAAAAGAUAUAUGCACCUCUGUGUCCAUUGCAGCAUUAUUUACAAUAACCAAGAUAUGGAAUCAACCUAAGUGCUCAUCAGUGAACGAAUGGAUGAAGAAACUAUGGUAUAUAUAUGCAAUGGAAUAUUAUUCAGCUAUAAAAAUAGUGAAAUCUUGCCAUGUGCAACAACGUGAACACACCUGGAUGCCAUUAUUCUAAACGAUAUAAGUAGGUCAGAGAAAGACAAAUACCCAUGAUCUCACUCACAUGUGAAAUCUAACAAAAAAUAAAUAAAUAAAAAGCCAAGCUCAAAGAUACAGAGAAUAGAUUGGUGGUUUAAAAGAAGAAGCAGGGGAUGGGAAAUGGUGGGAGAAAUGGGUGAACUGGGUUUUUCCUUUUUUAGUUUAAGUAAACUGAAUUUAAAAAAUUUUAAGGACUGCAAUAAGAAAAUUAUAUCCCAGCUAUUUCUUUCUUUUUUUCUUUUUUUUUUUUGCGGUACACGGGCCUCUCACUGUUGUGGCCUCUUUUUUUUGCAGCUCAUGGGCCCAGCCGCUCCACGGCAUGUGAGGUCUUCCCGGACCGGGGCACGAACCCAUGUCCCUUGCAUCGGCAGGCGGACUCUCAACCACUGCGCCAUCAGGGAAGCCCCCAGAUAUUUCUUUAUUCACUUACUUGUAUAACUUCAAUAUGCACUGUAGGAAAUUCCUGUGACAUCUAGAGAAUCAAACCACAGCAUGCAGACAAUAAUAAGGAGUAAACACAACACAUCUGUGAAGUUGCUGCUGUGGACCAGAGCGCCAGACCUCGGGCAGAACUGCAGUGCUAGGUGUGACAGACUACACCAAAAUGCUUAGAUGGGGAGAUAACUUCUGAUAGAUGUGACUGCAGGCUGUGUAUUCCUGAUUUGCCAAUGGCAGCUGAGGAGGCAUCACUUCUUUGAGUGGAGUUUGUGCACACACAAUCUAUGUUUGUACCCAGGGCCAAGACAGGUUAACAAGGCCAAGAAGGAGGGGAGGACAUGGGAGUGGGUAAUAGCCAGGGAGGACUUCAGAGCAUUAACAUGGGGGGAAAGGGAGGAAGGCUGAGGAUUGAGGGUACUCCCUGUUGCUUCUGCCUAUGUGUCAAGUGGCAGUAGAAAUUUUGAAAGCUGUGAGGAAGAGCUAGUGGUACCCCACCCUCCCCACUUCUAGGAAAACCUCUUUCCAUUCCGAGGUAAUUGAAUUGAAGGAGGAGGACUGACCUGAGAAUAGGAGGAAAGCAAUUGUUCUGGGGCUCCUCCUCCUGUCAUUUUUACCACUUGCCUCCUGACUCUUCUCCAAAUCAAGCUCAUCCACGUCAAGGUGGCAGCAGAAUAUCCUGUACAAGUGCCAGCUGUUGGGAAUCUGCUGACGCCACCCUGUGCAUCCCAAGCUUCCCUGGUAUCCAGCCACCACCCGUGACCAUUGGGACUGCUUCUGAUGGCUGUGGCCUCCACUGCCCCAGAGAGCAUAUUCUCUAAGCAGCUCCUUUUCUCUUUUCUGGUUUUAAUAUUAUUUUGCAGUGCCUGUCAGACUAUUUCUCUUCAAGUUCCUUCUCAUCUUCAGGCUGAAGCACUUGUAGGCAAAGUGAAUCUGAAGGAGUGUCUCCGGUCGGCCAGCCUAAUUCAGUCAAGUGGUCCUGACUUCAGCAUUCUAGAAGACGGCUCCCUUAACACAGCACAUAACCUCAUUUUGUCUUCUGAAAAGAAGAAUUUUUCCAUUUUGCUUUCAGACACUCAGAGACAGGAACAGAAGGAGAUAGAAAUUGUACUGGAAGCAGGAGGAAGGAAGGUAAUCUACGCCUAUGCAACUACUGUGGACGGUUAUGCACCUGAGUACACACUCCCCUUACUAUUCAAAGUUGAAGAUGAUAACGAUAAUCCCCCAUAUUUUGAAGACAAAGUGACUGUCUUUAGUGUGCCUGAGAAUUGCCAAACCGGAACUUCAGUGGGAAAAGUGACUGCCAUAGACCUCAAUGAACCUGAUACUCUACAUACUUGUCUGAAAUAUAAAAUCUUACAGCAAAUUCCAGACAAUCCAAAGCAUUUCUCUGUACAUCCAGACAUCAUCACCACAACUACAUGUUUACUAGAUAGAGAAGUAAUGAAUUGCUUAAUUAAUUUCUCAGUCACUAAACUAUGUGUAAACACUCAUUUUGGUAUGUUUAUCGAACAGUCAUUGAACUAUGAAGUACAUCGCCAAAUGGUUUUGCAAAUUGGUGUACUUAACGAAGCACAAUUCUCUAAAGCAGCAAACUCACAAACUCCUACUAUGUGCAUUACAACUGUCACUGUUAAAGUUAAAGACCAUGAUGAGGGCCCUGAAUGCCAACCACCAGUAAAAGUUAUUAAGAGUAAAGAUGCUCCCGUGGGCACAACACUCCUUGGAUACGAAGCCUUGGAUCUGGACAGCAGCACUGCUGAGGGCUUAAGAUGUAAAAAGGAAAAAAACAGAGAUGAAGAUAACUGGUUUGAAAUUAAUGAAUACACUGGUGACUUGAAAACUGUAAAAGUUCUAGAUAGAAAAUCAACAUUUGUAAAAGACAACCAAUACAAUGUUUCCGUGAUUGCAAUGGAUGCAGAAUCACUGAAUUUCUUUAGAAGGAAUGGGCGAGUGUAUGAACAAACACAUAUCAAAUCUCACGGAAAUAAACAAAAGUUGAAACUAGACUCUGAACUCAUUUUCAUACAAGGACCCUUAUCGUUGCUAAAUAUCUUUUCUACCAAGCAUCUGGCCGAGAUCUUGGCACGUUUGCUUCAUUUACUUAUAUAUUUUUAUUUUUUAGGUAUUUUGUUUACAUAUAUCUGUGUUACUGCUAAGAGUACAGUAAAGAAAUGUUUUCCAGAAGAUGUAGCCAAGCAAAACUUAAUUGUAUCAAAUACUGAAGCACCCGGAGAAGAAGUGAUGGAAGCAAAUAUUAGACUCCCCACACAGAAAUCCAACAUCUGUGACACAAGAAUGUCUGUUAGCACACUUGGUGGCCAGGGAGUCAAAACACAUCAAAGUUUUGAGGUGGUCAAAGGCUGCUACACUCUGGACCCCAUCAAAGGAGGCAGACAUCAGACCUUGGAAUCUGUCAAGGGUGUAGGACAAGGAGUGACGAACACCAGCAGAUACACGUACGAAUGACACAGCUUCACCCAACCUCGGCUUGGCGAAAAGGUGUAUCUGUGAGGAAAAGACAAGGAGCAUAAACAUUCUGAAGACUACGUUCACUCCUAUAACUAUGAAGGAAAAGAGUCUGUGGCUGGCUCUGUUGGCUGCUACAGGGAUCCGCAGGAAGAAGAGGGGUUUGAGUUUCUAGAUCAACUGGAACCCAAAUUUAGGACCCUAGCAAAGACACGUGUAAAGAAAUAAGUGUGCCUUUUAAUAGAGUAACAUCUACGAUGCAUAUGUAGGAGUUUAUUGAAUGUAAAAUGACAGCAGCAUCUGCUAAACUGUUUGUUUAUUGGAGGUAAACUUCCAGUCAUAUAGAUAAGGAUACUAUAAAUACGAAGCUUCCUCUAAUUCUCCUUGUCUGAGAUAACUUCCAUGUUCUCCAGAAAUAAAUGUUUCAUUUGUUAAUUUCCAUUUAUAUGCAUUUACAUAUUGCCCUUUCUAGGACUGUACUAUGUGCUGUCUUGCACCUUCUAUUUGAAAACUUAUGUUACUUGGUAUGCUCUGGAAGAGUAUAUGGGGAGCUAGUGAAAAGUACAUUUUUAUUUUAGAUGAAAAUUAAAUAUUUUCUUCACUGUC